AUGGCUUCCAUGAUCACCCGCCGUUUCUUCUCUACGACUGUUCGUCGUCUGCAGACUUCCUCCAAGCAGGAGCUGCAGGCCGAGUCCAAGCGAAACCCCGAGAUCUAUAUCCUUGGUGGUGUCAUGACCCUCGCUCUGGGCGGUGCUGGCUUCUACUUUGGCCGAUCUCCCACUGGUGCUACCUCCGAGGCCCCCGUCAACGUCGACAAGAUGGCCUGGGAGAGCGGCUCUGGAGGCAAAUACUCCUACCACCCCGGCGGCGACCCUAACGCUACUCCCCGCGAUGCCCCUAGCGCUCUCAACGUUGUCAUCAUCCCCAACGUCACCGCUCCCAAGGAGUACCACGACAAGUUCAACAAGUGGGGCAAGGAGGGCUACCCUUAA